GUAAACAGCGGCUAAGGAACAGGGGAUGGAUGUAUGUUCGUGGUUAAAAACUUAUAGGUUAUAGGUAAUGAAAAUAUUCACAAAUAUCGCAGUGAGGUAUCGUGUUUAGCUAGUUUACCCAUAAUAAUUAAUCGAUAAUAUGUGCAACUGACAAAUAUAUCUCUACUUACACGAUGGCACCGACCAUUCAGACGAAUAACAGUAACGACAGGGACAAGCGGACUGCUAGGCCGAUUGAGAAGAGUGGGAAUCAGAUGACCUCCGGCAUUCAGUCCAACAAUAAUAAAGAUGCCAUUGAUAAACGUCCUAGACCAACUGAAAACAGGUCUGAAUUAAUAUGCCGUGUAAAGUACUGCAACACUCUACCUGAUAUUCCAUUCGACCCAAAGUUCAUCACAUAUCCAUUUGAAUCAACAAGAUUCAUACAGUACAAUCCAACAUCUCUGGAGCGUAAUUAUAAAUAUGAAGUAUUGACGGAACACGAUUUGGGUGUUGAGAUCGACUUAAUAAAUCGGGACACCUAUGCUGGAGAUAUUAAUACCCAACUUGAUCCUGCGGACGAGAAACUUCUGGAAGAAGACAUCCUCACUCCUCAAGAUUCAAAACGCUCUAGGCAUCAUGCUCGGAGUGUAUCAUGGCUCAGACGUACGGAGUACAUCUCCACCGAACAGACACGGUUUCAACCCCAAACUAUGGACAAAGUUGAAGCUAAAGUUGGUUACAGUAUUAAAAAGAACUUCAAGGAAGAAACAUUAUACAUGGAUCGAGAAAGUCAGAUAAAAGCUAUCGAGAAAACAUUCGAAGACAAUAAAAAACUUAUUGAAAAACAUUACAGCAAACCAAACGUUGUGCCUGUUGAAAUAUUACCUAUCUAUCCUGAUUUCAAGGUAUGGAAGUACCCAUGUGCUCAGGUAAUAUUUGAUUCCGAUCCAGCUCCUACUGGUCGAUCAGUACCGGCGCAAAUUGAGGAAAUGUCACAGGCGAUGAUCAGAGGUGUGAUGGACGAAAGUGGUGAACAAUUCGUUGCAUAUUUCUUACCACUAGAGGAGACAUUAGAAAAACGUCGAAGAGAUUUCACUGCAGAAAUUGACUAUGCCGAUGACGAGGAGUACGAGUACAAAAUGGCAAGGGAGUAUAACUGGAACGUUAAAAGCAAAGCUUCAAAGGGAUACGAAGAGAAUUAUUUCCUAGUCAUGCGCCAGGACGGGGUUUACUACAAUGAGCUGGAAACUCGAGUACGUCUUAGCAAGCGUAGACAGAAGGCUGGCCAGGCACCAAAUAACACAAGAUUAGUUGUGCGCCAUCGACCGUUGAAUGCCAAUGAAUUCAGGAUGCAACGUUACCGCGAGAAGCAGCUUGAACCACCCUGUGAAGACGACGAGGAAGAGGAAGAGGAAGAAGAAGAAGAGGAAGAGGAACAACCACAAGAAACUGAAAAGGCUGAAGACAAAGCUGGCUCUGAUAAUGAAGACGGUUCCCGUGCGUCGUCGCGUGCAUCGUCGCGAGCAUCCAGCAAGAAGUCACGAUCUCGUUCAAAGUCAAGAUCACGUUCAAAAUCAAGAUCUCGAUCAAAGUCUGGAUCGCGUUCAAAGUCUAGAUCCCGUUCAAAGUCUAGAUCGCGUUCAAAGUCACGCUCCCGUUCAAAAUCUCACAGCAAGUCUAGGUCUCGUUCGGGAUCUGCACAGUCAAGAAGUUCUUCAAAAUCGCGAUCGCAGUCCAGAUCCCGAUCACGGUCCAAGUCCAGAUCCCGAUCAAGGUCUGGUUCUGGUUCGCCCAAUAAAUCGCCGUCGCAGUCACCGUCAAGAUCUAAGUCACGAUCAAGAUCAAGGUCUGGUACAGGGAGUGGCAGUGGGAGUGGCUCAGGUAGCAGCGACAGUGGUUCCGAUAGUGAGUGAUCUGAACUAUAAGUUUAAUUGUAUUAUUAACAUAAGUGAGGAAUCGAUUACCUGUCACAGUUGGUCCCCCACUCACUCGCAAAUAAGAUAAUUAGGUAAGUGUGCAACACUUCGUUGGGCUUAAUUAAAGGGCUAUCUGUUCGUUUGGUAGCCUUGUUCAUGAUAAACUUUGGUGAUGUACAGACUCUACAUUGACUACAAUUAACAUAUUAGGAAUUUUAUAUAAAAUAUGUCAAUGGUAAUUACAAUUUUUAAUAAAACAAUUUUCAUGAAAUG